GAAAUCAAAGAGGAGCGAAGAAUAGAAAGGGCUUCAAAUUUCAUGUCCAUGGCAGCCUAGGGUUUAUUGAUUGAUUUACGCCCAUAAUAUAUCUUGACCGCAGCCGUGUUCUGCCAUGACUUCCACCGCCACAGGGCUCCUGUUUUCUCUUCUAUGUUUACUCGCCAGUCUUCACGUUUCAUUCUCUGCUUCAGAACAGUUGGCAUUCGAGUCGGUUCCUGACCUAGAGAAAUCCAUGUACAUGGUCCUGGAUGGAUAUCCUUGUGUACGAUUACUCAAUCUUUCUGGGGAAAUCGGCUGUGCUAAUCCUGGCCUUGAUAAAGUUGUAGCUCCUAUUGUUAGAUUCAAGAAUGGCAUAGAAUUGGUUCGUUCAACAACAAUACUAGUGCCAUUGUAUGAUUUUGACAGAUUACUUUCAAGAGUAUCAAGUGAUUCAAACUUUGCUAGAAACGUAGCUGGUGUAUUAGUUGAAUCAGGAACUCAAAAUCAAACCCAUUUAACUGGAUCAUCUCCCGACAAGAAGUUUCCUCAAGCUGAAUUUGCUCCUUACGAGAACAACAAAUUUGAGUGGAAUCCAACUGGAUCUGGUAGUAUGUGGAGGCGUUAUGAUUUUCCUGUAUUCUUGCUGUCUGAAAGCAGCACACAAACGCUGCAGGAGAUUGCUGUUAAAAAUGAAAAUAAGAAGGAAACAUAUGCUGCAGAUGUGACUGAAUUUGAUCUAGUGAUGCAGACAACUAAAGCAGGAACUCAUGAUUCCGAAUCAUGUCUGAGAGAAGGAACGUGUCUCCCGUUGGGUGGAUAUAGUGUUUGGUCAGCCCUUCCAACAACAAAUGUUUCAGCCUCAAGCAGGGAAAAGCCUGUAGUAUUGACUGUGGCAUCUAUGGAUUCUGCUUCAUUUUUCCGUGACAAGAGCCUAGGUGCAGAUUCUCCCAUAUCUGGAAUGAUAUCACUGCUUGCAGCAGUGGAUGCUCUUUCACGUAUUGAGGAUUUAGAUACCCUUGCUAAGCAGCUCGUUUUUGUUGUUUUUACUGGAGAAGCUUGGGGCUACCUUGGUAGUCGGAGAUUUCUUCUUGAACUUGAUCAACACACGGAUGCUGUUCAUGGGAUUAACAACACAUUGAUUGAAACGGUUAUAGAGGUUGGAUCUGUUGGGAAGGGCUAUGAUCAGGGUGUCAAGACCUUCUAUGCUCAUACGACUGGGGUAUCAUCUGCCACAAAUGAAACACUGAAGGCUUUACAACAAGCUCGAGACUCACUUGGAACUGAAAGCAUUAAGUACUCUACAGCAAGUAAAUCUAAUCCUGGAAUUCCUCCAUCUUCCUUCAUGUCAUUUUCAAGACAGAACCCUCAUGCCGCUGGUGUUGUAUUGGAGGACUUUGAUUCUGCUUUCACAAACAAAUUUUACCAUAGUCAUCUAGAUGAUAUUUCUAAUAUCAAUUCUUCAGCGAUAGUGGCAGCUGCUUCUCUUGUUGCCCGUACACUUUACAUUCUUGCCAGCGAUAAUAAGGAUCUGAGUUCUUCAUCCUUAAAUGCAGUCAAUGUAAAUACCUCUCUGGUCGACGAACUUUUGGGUUGUUUACUUAGUUGUGAACCAGGUCUGUCAUGUGAGCUGGUGAAGCGUUAUAUUACGCCCUCCUCUACCUGCCCAAGCCAUUAUGUUGGUGUUAUUCAAGGGGAUCCUUCUUUAGAACCUUUCCUUGGUUAUGUGGGAGAUGUUCCAAGAUUUGUGUGGAAUUUUAUGGCUGACAGAACAUCUACCCCAUUGAAGGAUGUCAGUCCUUGCUCUGAAAACUGCAGCAUGAGUGGUGGAGUAUGCAUCAAACAAGAGAUAGAUGGGAAAGGAAUCUGUGUUACCUCCACAACCAGGUACGUUCCUGCUUAUUCCACUCGCUUGAAAUACGAGUCUGGUACCUGGAGUGUGUUGCCUCCCAAUUCUUCGGAUCUCAUGGGAGCAGCGGAUCCCGUGUGGGCAGAGAGCAAUUGGAAUGUAAUUGGUCUUCGUGUUUACUCAGUCCAGGGUGCUGCUUACGAUCGCCUGAUUUUAAUGGCUGGUGUUGUCGUUACAGCUUUGUCAUACCUUUUAAUCGUGAUCGUUAAAGCUAUUAUCGCAAAGGCUUUAAAACAAGAUUGA